CGACUGCUUACCUUAUAUCUUCACUGUCUGUCGGACUUCGGUUUGCUAUAACACCGAGGCCGAUAUUUGCUAUCUGAUAUCUGGACCUGGUUCGCGUCUGCCUUAUCCGUCCCUGGUGCUGCAGCUAUAUAGAGGUCCUGCAGGUGCUGCGAGAUUUGCGAGAGAAUCACAUAACAUUCCAGCUUUUACGCAGAAUCAAGAUUCCCUGACCUAGGAGCUACCCUCCCCAUCACCAUCCCAACGAAAGAAGCCACCACAAUGAAAGAAGUCAUCAACCUCACCGGUGCGCGCACCAAGAUCGUUGACGUCCCCAUCCCCACCUUCAACGAUGACCAGGUCCUCAUCAAGGUGAUUGUAUCUGGCUCGAACCCCAAGGACUGGAAAGUGCCGGAGAUGGCCAGCCGCCCUGAGAAGCCGUUUGGGGCGGUGAACGAGCAGAUGGCUCAGGGAUUUAACCAGGGCGAUGAUAUUGCGGGUGUGGUUGUGGAGGUUGGGAAGAAUGUGGUGGGGUUUAAGCAAGGCGACCGUGUCGGCGCAUUCCACCAAAUGCUCACCCCCGGCGGCUCCUUUGCUGAAUACGCCGUCGCAUGGGGCCACACGACCUUUCACCUGCCGGAGUCGACUUCCUUCGAGGAAGCCGCAACGAUCCCCCUCGCGGCGCUCACCUCCGCCAUCUCGCUGCACCACCAUCUCUCCCUGCCCCUCCCCUGGUCCCCCACCGCGGCCACAACCCGCCAAACGCCCCUCGUGAUCUACGGCGCCAGCACAGCCGUCGGCGCCUUCGCCAUCAAAUUCGCGGCACAUAGCAACAUCCACCCGAUCAUCGCGAUCGCCGGGAAAGGAUCCACCUACGUGGAAACCCUCCUCGACGGAUCGCUCGGCGAUAAAGUCAUCGACUACCGCCACGGAGCCGACGCCACCAUCGCCGCUGUCAAAUCGGCCCUCCAGCCCGGAGGACUGGCUGUUCGCCACGCCCUCGACACCAUCGUCAGCGAGGACAGCACCGCCGUCCUGAGAGGUGUCAUUGCCCCCGGCGGGAACAUCAAUUCCGUUCUGCCGAGCGCACCGGAUGUUUCUCCCGGUGUGCCGUCCGUGACAUAUGUCAGUUCUGCGCAUCAGGUCGGCGGGGCGGAUGACUGCCGGGAGCUGUGUGGGGCGUUUUGUUCGUGGUUUACGGGGGCGUUGGGCAGUGGGCGGUUUAGUGGCCAUCCGGUGCAGGUGAAGCCGGGGGGGUUGGAGGGCGUGCAGGGUGCGAUGGAGGAUCUGAAAGAGGGCAGGGCCAGUGCGGUCAAGUUUGUGUUUCGGGUGGGGGAGACCCCGGGGUUGUCGGGAUAA